AUGUCGUCCCUACUUGUUCAACCCCAAAAUAUCCCAUAUGACCCGUGGUCGAGCUCAAGACACCGAUCCACAUACGAACAAAGACCACCAGCCAUACCGAGAGCGGAAGGAGAAGUCUCGAACAAGUCCUGGUUCGCCGGCGGUCUACCUACACCACCUGGCACAAAGACGAAUAUGAACGUGGCUUCUUCCAACCUUCCCGUGUCCUCGCACCCAUAUCCCACCAAGUACCAGCAACAUGCGGACAUGCGUAAUUCGCAACAUGUGCAACAAACGAAUCCGAAGACUCAGUACAACCAGCCAUAUCCACCACCUGUUGUCAAUAUGGACAGCUUUGGUGGCAUUGCCAUGCCAGUCGAAGACAAGUCUCGACAAAACGAGAUUGCCGCUCACUUACAGAUUCCAGAGUCGGUGAACAAGAGCAAAGGAAGCCUGGCCGAGUUUGCUGCCGAAAUCGCCAGCUUAUUCUGGUUUGAGACAGCCGAGACUUUACAGUACGCCGAGAACCUACCCUUAGACGCCGUGCCGGAUCGGGGGCUGGUACCUGAUGCUAUUCCAUCGACUGGAUUUCGGAAAUGGGUGACGACGAUCUUGAGCACCACUCAGGUCGGCAAGAAUGUUAUUCUGCUCGGUCUGCUCUUCAUCUAUCGACUGAAACAAUUCAACCCCGGUGUCAGCGGCAAAAGAGGUAGUGAAUUCCGGCUCUUGACCAUCGCUUUGAUGCUAGGCAAUAAAUUUUUGGACGACAACACCUAUACCAACAAGACCUGGGCUGAGGUUUCCGGGAUCUCAGUCACCGAAAUCCAUAUCAUGGAGGUUGAAUUCCUAAGCAACAUGAGAUACGAUUUGUAUGUUUCGGCUGAGGAGUGGAAUGAAUGGAAAGGCAAGCUCGGUCGUCUUGGAGCGUUCUAUGAGAAGGCUUCACGAGCCCAGUCAAGGCAUACUCCGGGGCCAGUCACCCCUACCAUUCAGAACAGUCCUCACAAGCUCCCGUCCCCGCCUUCAGCUCGCACCACAAAUGCGUACUUCCCUCCAACCAACGGAAAUUAUGCUGCACUGCCCAAUCCGAUGCUGAAUGCGCCUCAACUUCAAAGUUCGCCAUCGCGAAAGUAUCGCUAUGGCAGUGCCGACGUCUUGGACCAACGAAAACGAAGCUUAGACAUGACGGAUCUUCCACCCGCCAAAAGAAUGCAGUACUCCUCGCCCCAGCAUCACGCCAGCGGUGACCUACUCACGCCUUCAUCAUAUGUGUCCCCCGCGACAGGCAAUUCGCUGACCACGCUUCCCCAUGUCCAGCAUGUGAAUGGAGACGUGCCAAGGCUGCCUGCUCCUCGAGUUCCCAUGUCAGCUGAGACCAUGAGCAAUAAUCACCUGGCUCCUAUCAACAUUCCAGCGUCAAGAGCCAUGGCCAACGUGUACCCGCCGUCCACUACCGCUACUUGGUCUAAUCCAAUCACCCCGGUGUCGCAGGCAGGUAUUUACAGCCAGCCAAUUCCGAGUCUUGGCGAGCUCUCCCGUAAUCCAAGCAACAUCAAUUCCACCCACACCUCACCCAACGGUUAUACCAACGUCACUCCGGCUCUGCCCGGACUUUCUCCCUCGUACUUUCUCACCAACCGGAGCUCACCGUAUCGACCUGUGCGCCACGUUAACACCCUCCUCAUUCCCCCCCCGUCGGCGGCCAUGCAGAAUCCUGUUCGCAACAUUGGCCAGGAGCAGAUGCAUUAUCAGCCAUUGAGCAAGAUGAAUCCUGAACGCCGGCAAGGUCUCGUGCCUUACCAUCAGCAAGACGGUUGGCACGCGGGCAACACUCCCUUGACCCAAAAAUACCCUCAUCGGUUUUAG